GGCGCAUUCGUCUCGCUGUCCAUCAUCCGCCAGCCCAGCAAGCCAGUCCCAGCUACCGUCCAUUGCGACCUACGUCACUUUACUCAAGUGGAAACCAGGACCAUGGCGACACCAACAGCAGGGCCGUACAAACCAUCCCCACUGGGAUCGUACGCCUCCCCAAUGGGAUCGGGCCCCCUUGGUGCCCCAACUACCACCAGGAAUUCCCCAUUCCAGCGCAGAGCCGUGUCCCCAGUGUCCCCGUCCCCACUCCGACAAGCAGCAACAUCUCCAUUGGCGACACCGCCUGUCAAGCAACAGCAACAAUCGCUGUCGGGAGGAGGGUCUAGUGUAAGCGAGUUGACGUCCCGGUUCGCCAAUAACAUUGCCAACAGCAGCGGCCAGCCGACCGCGCUCCGAGCUGGGCUUGGAGCUCCUGCGCCUACGACAGCUACACCGACCAGUCAGACCCAAUCCCAGGCCAGCUGGACACCUAGAGCUUCGGCAUCGGCACCGACCGUAGUCAACCCGCCGCCGCCUAACCCAAUGUUUCUUAACGGCGACGCGCCGCCGCCGCGGCCUCCCCAGCAUCGCAUUUCUCCCUUGCCUUCACCCUCGAUACCACGAACGACUACCUCUGCCUCUACCAUGAGCAUGGGAACCGGAGGCAAUGCCAUGUCCCAGCUGCAGCCCUCGCAGGUGCGCACCCUGCGGGAGGGCUUCCAGAUCCUGGACCGCGACAGCGACGGUGCGGUGGUCAGGGAGGAUGUCAUUGACAUGCUAAACCAACUGGGUCUACCCAACAGCGCCUCCGACGUCUCCCAAUUCUUCCCUCCCAACGGCCCCCAGUCAAUGACCAUGGCCGUCUUCUUCAACUCCAUCGCCACCGCCCUCUCCAGCCUCUCCCCCAGCGGCGAACUUCUUUCCGCCUUCUCGGCCUUCGAUGACGACGACAGCGGCCAGAUUGACGUGGCUGAGCUGCGAGACGCCCUACUCAACACGGCGCCCGAACCAGGCGAGAGGCCCCUAACGUCGCUCGAAGUAGACAAGGUCAUGGCCGGGUUCACGGGUCGCAGGGCGUUUGCUCAGAACAGCCAAAGGACGACUGGGCUGGGAGGAGUAGGCGGGGGAGGCGCCAACAAGCGUGGGGAGGUGUUCAGAUACCAGGAAUUUGUCAAGUUAAUUCAGGGGACGGGGAACGGUGGAGAGCAAGGGUCCGAAGACUCGGGACGUGGUUGAAAUCAGAUGGGAGAGCGUGGUGUACCAGAAACACCGUAAUGAUGGGUUAAUGG